AUUUCGAAUCCUGGAAUCUUGUUUAGCCCUUCUCUUUCUGCAACAUUGCAGAGUAUAAAAGGGGCCAUGGAUGCUCCCACACUACCAGUCCCCAUUCUUUUCACUAUUCACUUUCUCUCUCUCUCUCUUAUCCCGCCAUUUUCUUUUGCCUAAAGAUAUUACCACCAUGACUGCCCAAAAGUUCGUCCUCUACAACUCUGACCUCUGCCCCUAUGCUGCCCGUGCUGUCAUCGCAGCAGCAGAGACCAACACUGAACACGAGGUCGUCUCCAUCGAUCUCUCUGUCCCCCGUCCUGACUGGUACCUCAAGGAUAUCAACCCCUAUGGCCAGGUCCCUGCCUUGAAGGUCGACGACAAGCACAUCAUUCUCGAGUCGCUCUUCGUUGCCGAGUACUUGGCUGAUCUCCAUCCCGAGGCUGGUCUCCUCCCUUCGGAUCCCCUGCAGCGUGCUCAGACCCGCUACUUGAUCCACCACUGGGGUGCCCGCACCCAGCCUGUUCACCACAAGACUGCCUUCACCCUCGACAGCGCCGAGGCCGCCAAGCACCGCGAGGAAUUGAUUGUCGAGCUCGGAAAGUUCAACAAGUUGUUGCUUAAUGCACACCGCAAGGAGACCGAUGGCGAGGGAUCCUUCUUCUUGGGCAACAAGUUCACGUUCGCAGAUCUGGCGAUCGCUCCCUUCCUGGCCCGAUUCUUUCUCCUCACCCAAUACAACGGAGUUAAGGACAUCACUGUAGAGAGCAACCCGGAGCUGAAGCGCUUCUUUGAAUGGAAGGAUGCGGUUCUUGAGAGGAGCACUGUUCAGAAAGCUACACCUAGCCAAGAGACUUUGGUCCAAAGCUACCGCAAGUGGCUCAAGUAAAAAAUCAGACAUUCUGGUGAAACAAUAAAACGUUUUUUGUACAUAUCAACUCCUCGAUGGAACAAAAAAAGUAGUCUUAUAAGACCAUUAUUCAUCAAAUUGUUUGCUACUGCAUCUUUGUUUUUUUUAUUAUUAUUGUGAUCC